UAUAAUUCUUGAUUUAUUUAAUAUUUAAUAUUGAAAAAGGGUGGUGCAAUAUAUAACACCAUAAAAUAAGCGGGGGGGCGGAUAUAAGUGGCCUAGUACUGUAUAUAAGUGGUAGAAUACAAUCCUCUUUGGUGUGUUUGAAAGCUCUUGAACCCAAAUGCUACAUGUUCUUUUCCUUUGACAUGAUCUUGAAUCCCAACGAUUCACUGUCUUUCGCUCAUAAAUUUUGUUUGAAGAAUUGAAAAAUGCAAAUCUAGGAGUUGAUAAGGUGGAUGAAAAGCGAAGAGAACUGCGAAUGAUUCAUAGAAGUGAAAAUACUACCAUUCCUCAUGCAUGCAACAUGUCACCCCUCUCAUCUCGUUCGUGUCAUUUCAAGGUUCGAAAAAGACCUCACUGUAUUGAGUUUCAACUCUCUUUGAUUUGAAUCCGUGAGUUGGUCGCACUGGGCAAGUCAGACAGGAUAUUCGAAUACACCCCGAUGCCUUCGCAAUCAUGGCCGAGUCCUCGUUCAGCCAUUCGAGAUGGAAUCGUGCCGUUACCAUUCACCCCUGGUUAACAAACGCUGAAAUUCUUCUCAUGCAAGGUAAAGUGCCAGAGUAGAUCAUAAUGGCCAUAAAAACUCCCACUAUUGCAAUCCUAUGAUUCAUUCUCUCUCCUUUCAUGCCUUUGUAUCCUUUGAUCCUUAGAUUAUACUCGGAUGCUCGCUAAGUUGUCUCAUUCGAUAUAAGUAGAGCAUGAAGGAAGCCUCGUUAGACCAUUGGUGAUGUAUUGAAUGUAGUGUGAAUAGGUGAGUACGAAGGAAGUGGCGGAAAUGGUAGGUGCAUCCCAAACGAGGAAUCCGUAGCAGUUUCAACAUCGUUCACCGCUAAAUGUGUUAUGAGAAAAUGGCGAAAUAUUUCUGGGGAACUUCGCAUCCAAUAUAGAUUAAGCAGAUCGCUAUUAAGAAUCAUGGCCACAGUGGCAUUCAGGUGGCAGUGGAUUUCUUGUCUUGAGACAAAUGGGAAUCCGGACGUAUUAGAGGGCCUGAGCCAAUGAUGUUCAGCAAAGCCAUUUCCCUAGCUGUCAGCGAUGUACUGAUUAUUUUGGUAGAUUGUUCAAAUCUGGAGCAGAUACCGCGGUGUUUGGCGUCAAUUAAUUGAGCUCUAUGCGCCUCAGAUGAGAAUCUGCUAGCUUUGUCAAGUCUGCGAUUGUGGGAGGCUGUUGUUGAGUUGCCAUUUACGCUGUACUUGCUUGUUGUGAUACUGUUGCGUUCCCAUCAACGUUGCCCAGCGGCAGACUUCUCGAAAAUUUGGGCUAAUUUCUGAGCCCGGCUUGGUCUUUAGGAUUUCGAUGAUCGAGGAUACAAAUGCUUCAUGCUUUGCGGGACUUCUAGAACCUUCAAGGUCAUCAUUUUUUCAUUUCCCACAAACCCCAUGAGCUCAGCAUUUAAGCACCGAAAUACCCGAAUUGUUAUCGUCGCCAAGUGGUACGCGGAGUACAGAGCCAUCUAUCUGACAACGGGAAAAUGCCCUUUCGUUGUUUCAUGUAAUUUUGAUACCUCUUCAUGUCUUUUUUUUUUACUAUUGAUGUUCCAUUUCUGUACUUUUUAUGGGAUUGAUCUAAACUUUCUUCGCUUCACUGUUUCUCAUAAAAACCAAUUUAACCAACUUAACCAAAUUGCUAGGUUCAUGAAUAAUACAUUGCUAGCAUUGAUCCAGUUACGCGUUUUGAUGUACGCAAUGAACGUAGACUGUCUUGCCAAUCGGGGGUUUUAUAGGGCUUUGAUGGGGAAUAUCAAAUUUGCUUUCCCGCACAUCAAAAGUUGAUCGCUCCAUAAAUCCCUCUGAGCCCCUUAUUUGCUCAAACAGGGGCGGGUAUCAAUCAUGGAACUACGCGUUCUGGGGAAUUUGCUAUGGAGGCUCAGGGAGGUUAAUUACGUGUUUAUUAAUCGUUUCUGUGGAUGAUAGAAAAAUAUUCGAGUUUGAUUCCCCAAAAUUGAUUUCAAAAUCACGAAACUUUUCUUCCCGAUGUCACCAUCGUUCUUUUAUGUUCGAGACUCAUGAUCGAUCAACAAAUAUGUAUUCUUUCGUGGGAUUCAACAUUAAUAUCAGUGUAACGGCAUUAUUGUUUCUUCUAAGCAAUACCUCUCAUUAUCAAGUUCGAGCAGAUGCUGGUUUGAUCACAAGUGAAGACUAUGAUACCUUUAAUAUUGGAGGAUAUGGCGAUUGGCCAAAACAGCAUUAUCAUUCAUCCGAUUUGACAUCACCCCUCUUUCUCGUCAAUAAAUGGAACGAGAGUGCUAUCAGCAAUCAUUCUCAUAUUUUCAUGUCGCCUACAUUGGAUGGGGAAGAGAAAUCACCGAUGAUAUUUUCUAGCAAAGAUCUAAGUCUAGUUUACGCGGAUCAUACAUGGCAUGGUGGUUCAGAUACCAAAUUACAAUUCUACAACGGAAAGCCGUAUUUGACCUUUUGGUCUGGUAUCGACUUUCAAGGCCAUGGAUCUGGUGGAGGGGUAAUGCUGAAUAGCUCGUACGACAAAGUCUACAAUAUCAGUGUGAAUUCACUAGCUGGGGGUGCGGAUGGUCAUGAGUUCCAAUUGACGGAAGAUGGAGGGGCGAUGAUGAAUAACUACCAUACUACUAUUGCCGAUUGUAGACCAGUAGGCGGCCCCAAUGGUGGGAAGGUCUUGACAGGGUCAUUUCAAGAGGUUGAUAUCGAGACGGGGUGGGUACGACAUACCUGGAACGCACUUGAUCACUUCGGCUUAAACGAAUCCUUCACAACCUAUGUCGACGAGGAGUGGGGAUGGGAUUGGUUUCACAUGAACAGUCUACAGAAAACCACAGAAAGACAUUACUUGAUUUCAAGUCGACAUUUAAGAAUGAUAGCAUAUAUCAAUGGAACCGAUGGAAAUAAAAUAUGGCAGGUUGGUGGAUACAACAAUGAUUUUACGGAUUUGAGUGGUGGAAACGCCACAAAUUUCGCAUUCCAGCAUCAUGCGCGAUUCGUCAAUGAUGACCUGACAGAAAUCACAUUUUUUGAUAACCACAACAUGUACAUGAACUCGCCGACGCCUAACUGCACAACGGAUUGUUCUCGGGGUAUGAAGAUCAAGCUUAAUUAUCACAACAUGACGGUCAAGCUUGUACAUCAGUUUUAUCAUCCGAAAAGUGUACAGGCAUGGGCUGAGGGUGGCAUUCACGCCUUGGAUAAUGGGAAUUUCUUGGUUGGAUAUGGAGUUGUUCCUAGUUUUGUUGAGUUCACAGAGACGGGUGAAGUCGCCAUGGAAAUUCAGACCAGGCCCUGGUAUGUCGCCUCUGGUAGAGGUACGGACUUGUACCGCGUAUAUAAAUUUGACUGGGUUGCCCAGCCCUCAUGGAAGCCGGUCAUGGUUGAAGUUGGGCAAAUUUUAUAUAUCAGCUGGAAUGGAGCUACCCAGGUUGAAUCCUGGGCUUUAUACGGAGGAAGUUCUCCGACCACUAUGCAUCAUCUUCUCACCAUGCCUAAGACCGGAUUCGAAACCGGAGUGCGGCCGUCCAAUUCUUCUGCUUUCUAUCAAGCCAUAGCUUUAGACAAGGAUGGAAAUGAAUUAGAUUCAACGGAAAUCCUCGAGAUGUAUCGUCUCUCUUCUCCUACAAUUCUUCGUAUUCCGGAAGAGUAUUUGACAGCAAUGAGAUUCUUUCCUUUCAUUUGGGCUGCUGUAAUGUUGAUUUCAAUGGCUCUGUCACAUUCGACUUUAUGGAUUAAAUUGCGAAAAAGAAUGAGAGGUAGAGAUAAUGACGUAGGAGAGGGCAUGGAGAAAGAAAGCAAAUCCAAAUUACUUCCGUAGGCUUUGCGGCGCGAUGAGAUAAGGAGUCAUUGAAUUUUCCUAUAUCUUCGGCGUUUGUAGAGCAUAGGAGUCGUCUGAGGCGUUUGGGAUGUUGGUUGCAUUUUUUUUGAGGGGGGGGGAGGGCAGAUCAUUGACAUUGAUCGAAAAGCAUGUCUACACGGAUACCCAGUCAGGCUGAUUUAAUUUAAGGGGCACUGAAAUUUAGUAACUUUGAACUGAUA